UGUGGGCUCCGCCGUAAAUGGGAUGGUCGGGACUUAGGGCGGCAUCAUGGGGUCCGGAGCCUGGGGGAAGCCGCUUGGAGCCUUGCCUGCUAGCCUGGCCAAAGCAAAAGUCAAAGCCUCUUGCUUGCUUUCUUCUUGCCGCAAAAUCAGGUGUUGCCCCAGCAGCCCACGGGAGCCACUAGUAGGGGCCCGCGUGGACUGGGAAGGAAGGGAGCCAGGCCUUCCUACCUAGAGGUGCCUUGAGACCCAGGACCGACAUUAUUGUGAGACACGUCAGAGCCCACCACUUUCACCAUACAUUUACUAAAAUACUAAAAUAUUGAACACCUGCUAUGUGCAACACACAGGCUAAGUUCUGAAAUAUUUAUAACUCUGUACAAGCCAACAUUCUGGGGGCCAGGAAACAUCAGACUGUACCUUUGUCACCUGGGCUCAACCAAAUUACCUCCCAAAUCCAGAGCAGCAGAGUCCCCACACUUGCUCCUGCCCUUCACUUAUACCACCGUCUCUGCUGGAAAGACUCCACCAAGCUUUUCUUCCUCUUUCAGGGAGCUUGGUUUCCCAUCAAGGCCCAAAGAAAUGCCACCUUCCCUGUGAGAUCUCCCCGAUCUCUCACACCCAGCAUUAGAGCUGCUGCUCCUAUGAGACCCCUUAGUCACAUGCAGUUCAAGGUGGGAGGGAAAUCAGGGCCUGGCUGUGGAGUUAGAAGGCAGGUAUAUCUCCAUGGCCUGACUGGGUGUUAUUGUUGCGAAAGCUCUGGUGCCCUGUCCAGUACCUGACCAUGGCCCUCUGCCCAGCAUGGGCCAUUCACUCUCUCAGGGCUCAAUAGUUUGGCUUUUAGGGAAGGAACUCAGUACAAGAUCGAAGGUUUGCACCAAAUAAUUGUUUUUUUCAAGCGUGUAACAAACAAGAUAACUUUAGGUGGUACUAUGAAAACAUUCUUUUUAAAAACAUAGAUUUAUAUAUUUGUUUAACAGUAAUAAGAUGAAAGUAUAACUGGCAUAUUAAAGCAGAUGUUUCAGAUAUUGCUCAGGAUUGAUUUCAUUCCAUAUUAUAUGAUUUAAGAUUUAAAGAAUAAGUAGAUUUAAAUAACAUAGCAUGCGAUCAUAUAGGUGGUCGAGAGUAUGUAAAAAAUCAGACAGCAAUACAAAAAGAUCCAAAGUUUGAAAAUGCUGCCUAAAUGAAGAACAUUUUUUGUAUUAUUUGACACUUUCCUUCCCUUUUUAAACAAACCAUUUGGCCCCAAAGCAGUAAAACAAAAUCAUAGGAGGAAGGGAUGGCAUUUUCUCACUCUUGUCAUCCAGGUGAGGCUGGAAAAGGUUCAUUAAGGAAUGCUCCAGUCCUAGAAAGAGUGUGGGGACAUGUGAGAUCCUGCGUCCCACCCCUGGCCCUGGACAUCAUGUCCCUACCACUCUGACUAUGAGUCCUAUGAGUCCUCCUUCUCCUAGCUUUGCUGUAGCCAGGAGGAAUACAGCCAAGAGAUAGCUGCAUGUGCUGUAAUCACCACCCGCCCCCCCCCACACACACACCAACCUCUGCUCUCCCACCUUUAACAUCUUGCUUGGUGUUCACAAGUAGGUGUCCUAGCCUGGGGACCAGGAGGCCCUGUGAGCCUCUGUGCUGUCAUCUGUGGAGUGGGUGUACUAGCUCUCAGGGUUGGUACUGGGAUAUGCAAAUAUGAAACCACUUGACACAGAGAGGCCUUCAGGAAGAUAUUUACAUAGAGCUUCAGCUUGCUGUCUCUCAACUUGUCACAUUUGGUUCUUACAAAGACUGAACUCACAAAAUAAGCCCUUAUAUCUCAGCUGUGAAGACAAGGAGCCCACACUCAGGGUGGUUGAAGGCCUUGGCCAACAUGGCAUAGCUGGACGGGGCAAAGGCACAAUUCUCUGGGACCAGCGCCUGGAUUCUGUAAUAUCAGCAAGGCCUGGGAGCUUGUGCAGGGACAUAAGUCAUAGACAUCUAGGGUGCCUCCUCUUGGAGUCCUAUACUCCGCACCAGGACGCAGAAGCUGUAGGAUUGGCUAUGUUUUCCUUAACUGCAUCCCAAAUUGGCAUCAGGAGCAAGUUCCAUGAACCCCAGGCCACUACAGAGGGAAGGAGCCCAGGCAGGGCUGAGUGCAGGCACCUGGCUAGCUGUGGAGCAUGGCUCACCCUAGGCAGCUCGCGCACCGUGUGGGGGGAAGAGGAGGAGCCAUCGUCCAGGAAUGCACAUCAGCAGUAUCCGGCUCUGGAGGGAACUGCACACAAAGAAAGAGGGCCAGAGCCGCUGCGGUUUGUGAAGGAGGAGCUGGGUCUGCUGCCCGCACAGCUGGUCCUGCGGGCUUUUGCAUCUAGAGGACGGACUUGUACUUCUUUCUCCUCCUGUGGCUGGGAGUCUGGAGUCUUGCUGCACAGACGCACUGAACAAGACUGCACACAGAGGCUGCCCAGAGAGGCUUUCAAGGCCAAGUGCAAAGGCAGGCCCCACUGGCAGCCUGGCCCAGGGGACUUAAAUGGGAGAUGAACUCAAGUGGGGAGCUCAGUGCAUCUAAGGUACCCAUCCCCCACCCCAGCAGUGCUCUGAAGCAGACUGGGGAGGUUAAGCAAAUUGAUCAU